GUGUUCACCCCUCUCAGGGGGGUAUUUCCAUUUUAACAGGGAACACACAAUCCCUGAACCCAAAGGAAUGAAUCUCUAAUGGUGGAGUUUCAGGCAUCAGUGACAGGCUGAACCUCCGACUCCCAGGGCCAUGCUUGCACCUGACCAAUGAUGGCCUGAACUAUGAGCAAACGGGACUCCAUGGACACGGCGGUGCAGGAGCCCCCUCUUGACUUCUCCUUCAGAAGCAUCCACGUCAUCCAAGAUAUGAUAAAUGAGGAACCAAGGACAGGGCUGCGGCCACUGAAGCGCUCCAAGUCGGGGAAGUCAGUGACCCAGUCUCUGUGGCUCAACAACAACGUCCUCAACGACCUGAGAGACUUCAGCCAGGUGGUUUCCCAGCUGCUGGAGUACCCCGAGAACCUGGCCUGGAUCGACCUGUCCUUCAAUGACCUGACUUCCAUCGACCCUGUCCUAACGACUUUCUUCAACCUGAGCGUCCUCUACCUUCAUGGCAACAGCAUCCAGCGCCUGGGGGAGGUGAACAAGCUGGCGGUCCUUCCUCGACUCCGGAGCCUGACACUCCAUGGGAACCCCAUAGAGGAGGAGAAGGGGUACAGCAGACCUGACUCCCCCUCCUGUCCUGUGCUCUGGUCUUCCCUAAGCAGGAGCCUUCAGCCCAGGGCUCAGGUAGGGACCAUGUCCCCUGCCAUUGCACUGGCGUUCCUGCCACUGGUGGUGACGUUGCUGGUGAGGUACCGGCACUACUUCCGGCUACUGGUGCGUGCGGUCUUGCUGCGGAGCCUCCGAGACUGCCUGUCAGGGCUGCGGCUGGAGGAGCGGGCCUUCAGCUACGUGCUCACCCACGCCUUGCCCGGGGAUCCCGGUCACAUCCUUGCCACCCUGGACCACUGGAGCAGCCACUGCGAGUACCUGAGCCACAUGGGGCCUGUCAAAGGCCAGAUCCUGAUGCGGCUGGUGGAGGAGAAGGCCCCUGCUUGGGUGCUGGAGUUGGGCACCCACUGUGGAUACUCCACCCUGCUUAUUGCCCGUGCCCUGCCCCCUGGAGGUCGCCUUCUCACCGUGGAGCGGGACCCACGCACAGCAGCAGUGGCUGAAAAACUCAUCCGCCUGGCUGGCUUCGAUGAGCGCACGGUGGAGCUCAUCGUGGGCAGCUCAGAAGAGGUGAUCCCGCACCUACGAUCCCAGCACCAGCUGAGUCGGGCAGACCUGGUGCUCCUGGCACACCGGCCCCGGUGUUACCUGCGGGACUUGCAGCUGCUGGAGGCCCAUGCCUUGCUGCCAGCUGGUGCCACUGUGUUGGCUGACCAUGUGCUCUUCCCUGGUGCACCCCGCUUCCUGCAGUAUGCCAAGAGCUGUGGCCGCUACCGCUGCCGCCUCCACCACACUGGUCUCCCAGACUUCCCAGCCAUCAAGGACGGCAUAGCCCAGCUCACCUACACUGGACCUGGCUGAGGUCCAGACCCAAGG